AUGCAUGUGCUCGGAGCUUUGCGCCUGGCCUGCUACCAACUUUUGCUUCUUGGUGUAUUUGGAAAGUACAAUAGUAACAACCAUCUCCAUGGCACAAGGACUAUAUCAGCGCAUUUAUCCAGACCGGACCGAACCCACCGAGGGAACCAUCGUUUGCCCACCUACAUGAUGCAGCUCUAUCGGAAUUUCAAGAUGAACCAGACGCGCCCUGUGGAUUAUAUGGACCACGAGCAUGCGGACACAAUCCGGAGCAUCCUCUCAAAGAGUUUGUCCAGUGAAGGCAGACACUACGUCACAUACUUUGACCUUUCGUCUGUGCUAUCAGAACGUCAGAUACAAGGUGCCGAGCUGAGGAUUCGUAUUCCCAGAGAUACAAACCAAACGAACAUCACGGUGGAAAUCAGACACCAGCAGAACGUCCCGUGCCACCAGCAUGUCUGCCUCCAAAACCAAUCGUUGGGCCUGCUCACAGAAACAUCUCUUAUGGGCUCAUCUCAUCACUGGAGCGUCUACAACGUCACAGACCUGCUUCUGGACUGGAUUAGCACAAAACUCUCUGAGACCAAGCCCCUGAAGAUCAAAAGAGCCGUACGAUCCAGCAGAUACGCUCUGCAGAAUGGGCCGAAAUACACGGAGGGUGUCCACCACAGAGCCAUGCUGCUUAUAUUCUCGCACACCUCUUCAGAUCAGGGAACGCAGGACAAGGCGAGUCUACUUCACACGGCUGAAAAGUCCAAGUUUUUAUUUAACACCGAAGGAAAAGAGGUGCGUAGAGAAAGACCGCACAAAAGCAAGAGGGGCAGGAGAGGUCAGCCCAUGAGGAACCCAGAGCUGGUCAAAAACCAGGAAGAUAAAAGCUUGCAGUGUAAAAAAGUCGACAUGCACGUGGAUUUUAAUCAGAUUGGAUGGGGUUCCUGGAUCGUUUUCCCCAAGAAGUACAACGCUUACCGCUGUGAAGGCAGCUGUCCGAACCCUCUAGGUGAGGAGCUUCAUCCCACCAAUCAUGCUUACAUGCAGAGUUUGUUAAAGUACUAUCAUCCUAACAGAGUCCCAUCGGCCUGCUGCGCACCAACAAAGAUGAGCCCCCUCAGCAUGUUAUAUUAUGAAAAUGGAGAAUUGAUCCUGCGACACCAUGAAGACAUGGUCGUGGAAGAGUGUGGCUGCAUCUGA